CGUGCGGUGGAACUCGAAGCGAUCGGUCGCAUGCUGCGUGAGAAUCAGCACUCAAGUUUAAUCCUUUAAGGCCCCAAAAGUGUCCUUUUAAAAAUCAAGAAGAACUUGAACGUGAAAAAUUAGUGCUAGAAGUUAAAAAAUAAUCCUUCGAUUAGUGCGCAAAAAGAAAAGCGGAAUAUUAUGAGUAUGCCAAUAUAGAAUUAUCGCGAUCGGAGUGCUAAUAAAUUAUUUAAAAAACCCAGAAUCAAACUAAAUACAAAAGAAAACAAAAUAUUAAAAUAUGAAUCUCGUAAUGUGCAAUCUCGUGCUGGCGUUCAUCGCCAUAGCAGCUUUGAAGACGACACUCGCCUAUUCCAGUUUUUCGACUGACAACAUAAAUAUCAAUUAUUUCGACGCGCGGAAUUCGACCUUGCCCAUGACCACCACCCAUCCACACACCAAUCGUCCACUCGGCCGCUACAUCCUCCCGCCCCGGGAUAACGAGCAGUCCUCCGACUACGACCAGUACUCCGAGGUCUCGGCGGCGAUCCAGAGGGACAGGUCGUACCUGAUCCGGUUGAUCCGCAGGCGCGUGCCCCGCGAUCAGGCCCCCCAGCAAGUGAUUCUUCAGGGCCGCAGUCUCAGUGGCCUCCACUGGGGGCAGGGCGACGACAAUCACCUUGACUCCGAUGCCGGCGGCGAUGGGAGCGAUGACUAUCCAUCGGAUCAGCCGGUCAAUUACACAACGUUGAAAGGUCGAAUCGCAGAACAGAACUCGGUUAAAGAGCUGAGGAAAUACAACAUUACUCGCACCAGAGAGCUCAACAAAAUGAUCGAGGCUCAUCUACAGCUGAUGGCAAGGGAGGGUAUUUGCAAGGUGCCGCGCCCGGAGGUGGUCCACAUCACGAGGGAAACGAACACUGUGUACUCACCGCGUGCCACGAUCCUGCACAGGUGCAGCGACAAGGUCGGAUGCUGCGAGGCGGGCUGGACGUGCCAAAUGAAGAGGAACGAGACGGUGGAGCGGGUGUUCGCCAAGGUGCACGGCCGCUACUCGGAGCCCUUCGUUGUGCCGAUGGAAAAUCACACGGAAUGCGGAUGUGUGAAGGUGGAAACGCGUCGCAAACGGAGUCCCAUUUGCCUGUGCCCCAAGCACUUCAAGGACUUCAGCUGGACGGGAUCGCAGGAGGAGCACCAGCAUCUGGAGCUGCAUCUGGGGGAGCGGAGGGAGCAGCGCUGCCGAUGCGACUGCCACCUCAGCGACGACACGUGCAAGAGGCUGAAGAACGGCGUUGAGGGAUUCUCGGUGAUGGAGCGACGACGCAUUCAAAGUGGAGAAGUCAGUCCGCCGUUCUGCAAUUACGGGGCGUAUGAUGUGAGGAACGGUCGAUGUCCGCGUCCGGGACUUCCGAAUCGGAAUCCGAAUCUGCAACCGUAUUUCCAGGCGAGGCGUCAACAUGGCAAAAGCUAAACCAAAUUCCCAUUGAAAUUGAUUGAAAACCCAGAACUGUGCACGAGCUGAAAUCAAACUAUAUACAACGGGAUGAAAGUUCGUGCUAUGCUAGUAACACUGUGGUUAAAGAUACGCGAUGGCCAUAGAACAAAGAAAUCCAGAACUGAUCGUUUGGAUAUGUGGGCAAACUAAAGGCAUACUAUGUUUGGUUGUUAGUAUUACGAGUAAUAAUAUUAUAAUAUUAAAGACCGAUUCAAAUUAAUAUUUGGACCAAGUGAUUACUUUACAGCAAAUAAACUUAAAAUGUACUCUUAAUUAAGCUGAGUGUAAGAUGCCAGUGAAACUAGAUGAAAUCAGACAUUGGGAACUGAAAGUAUUAGUUCUUUCGACCUUUUAUCUAAAAAGACUACAGUGCUUACAUUAUAAUUUAUUAAAAUCAUAAGAAUCUGUCGAAUUCACAAUCACUGUGAGGUGCUUUUAUGAAAAGGUCUUUAGCAACUGUCAUUUUCAGUCCUCUUUAAACAUAAAUUAAACAGAUUCCCAAGUUCCGAUCAGAAGUAUUGACAAAGAACAUUCGAGUGUACUUAAGUUAUUGUCGAUUAAGUUGACCUCCUAGCUACUUAUUUAAUAUAAUUUUGUAUGCAAUAAAAAUACUUCUAGUCACAGCAAGCGAUUUACUUUUCUGAGCAUGGCAAUCGUUAGCAUUAAGAAUCCAUAAACCAUGAAAUACAUAUCGAUGGAGUGAUA